GCUGAGUCCAGACUUCAUUUCCCGAUGUCCCUCGCGGUGUAGCGGGGUGUUACGGGGGUUGUAGUCCGGCCGCUCUUCGGGCUGGACCAGCUACUUUGACCGGCAGGAUGUCGGAGGUGAGGCUGCCACCGCUACGCGCCCUGGACGACUUCGUUCUGGGGUCGGCGCGUCUGGCGGCUCCGGAUCCUUACGACCGGCAGCGAUGGUGCCACCGCGUCAUCAACAACCUUCUCUACUACCAAACCAACUACCUUCUGUGCAUCGGCUUCGCACUCGCUCUAGCCGGGUAUGUGCGCCCGCUGCACACCCUCCUAAGCGCGCUAGUAGUGACGGUGGCCCUUGGCGUGCUGGUGUGGGCGGCGGAGACCCAAGCAGCUGUGCGCCGCUGCCGCCGCAGCCACCCCGCCGCCUGUCUGGCCGCAGUGCUUGCCUUCGGCCUCCUUGUUCUCUGGGCCGCGGGCAGCGCUUGCACCUUCCUGCUAGGCGUCGCCGGGCCUGUGCUUCUGAUUCUGGUGCACGCCUCACUGCGCCUGCGGAACCUCAAGAACAAGAUUGAGAACAAGAUUGAGAGUAUUGGUCUCAAGCGGACGCCAAUGGGGCUGCUACUGGAGGCGCUGGGACAAGAGCAGGAAGCUGGAUCCUAGGGGUCUGGGGUCUGUACCCAAGACCUGGAGAAUGCCACCCCCACCCUGGCCCUGUACCGGGACCCAGAGCCCUUUCCAAGCCCUUGAAAUAGAGGGCUCAGUCCAGUUCAGAAAGCAGGACAUCUGCCACCCUCCCCCUACCCAGCCCCCAUGACCUAGGGGACCAGACUCUUUCUCAGCCCAGAACUUGGGGCUUGGAUAGCAGAGCAUCCACUGCCACCCUCAAACUCUGGACCCAGAGAUACUCCCCCACCUCCAGUCUGGGACCCACCCGUCUCCCACGCUCAGCCCCAAAGCUGGGAUCUGGGCCCAAGGCAUUUUCUUGAACCCUGGACUAAGACUUUUCCAGACCCCACCCAGCUUUGAACCCAGAUCAGGGCAUUGUCAAAUCUUGAACCCAGGACCAAGUGUUCCCAGCCCCCAUCAGGACAGAGGAUUCAGGCAUCUUGACCCAGUUGAAUGUUGAACCCUUACUUCCAGGUCACCUGAACCCUCUCCAGUCCCAUUUGCCGCUCUCCAGAUCUGCUUGGUGAUUCUGCCCCUCUCCAAAGUCCCACAGUGAUGAGGACCAAGGGAUGGGGUGGGGUGGGGGUAGCCCCGAUCCGGAAUGGGGCAUCUCUAUCAGUGUUACGGCAACAAUAAAGGCUGUUGCAUCUCUCAAGUCAA